UUUAAGCCUUAGCCAUGUCCAUGAUCCUACUCACAUUCUCCUAUAAAAACACCUUUGCUCCCCUUGCCCUCCAUCAUCUUCUUUAGACACAUUUAUUGAAGUUACUUAAUCAUAGGUGUAUUGAUUUCAUAAUAAAUUAAUGGCUUCCUUUUGCUCAAUAUUCUUGGCAAUGUUCACGGUCUUUAUGGCCUAUUUUUCCUCACCAGCUUUGACAUCUCAAAUACACGUACAGUUCUCUACUAUAUCAGCAGCCCCUGCAUUUUUGCAUGAUGCCCCCUCAUUCUCUCCUCCAACUUUAUCACCAGAUAUUGAACCGUUGUUUCCUACUCCUGGAGUUGGAGCACCUUCUCCUACUGAGUCAUCAAUACCAACCAUUCCUUCAAAUCCAAGCCCUCCAAAUCCAGAUGACAUGCUAGCUCCUGGCCCUGCAGGAUCGUCAAUUUCACCAUCUGGUUCUUUGCCAGCCUAUUCUUCAGUGUCUCUAACUUCAUCAGGACCUUUAAACUUAGCUGUUUUUCUUGGUUUGCUGGUGUUUUGCUUAGUGCAGCCUUCUGGUAUCAUGUGAGGUCCUCUCGGUGACAGCUCAAUUAUUGUUAAUAGUGGUUCCAAUUUUAUUUUUUUAACGUUUCGACAUUUCUUCUUUUUCAUAUACUAGCAUAUAUUGUAUAUGUUUUGUUGUGUUGUUAGGUGAAUGAAAGUGAAUGGCAUUGUUGUGAGUUUGUGAUAGGAAUUCCCUUCAAAAGACAAACUGUAAUUUAUUAAAGUUGUAGUCCCAUUUCUUUGCA